AUGUCGAGUACUUCAGUCACCGCCUCCACCUCCCUCCCCGACCACUCUCGUCCGAGUCGCUUGCGCCGCUUUAGUCAACUGCGGACAUAUACGCAGACUUUAUCGUCCACCAGCUCUCAGCGAUCGAGGAAUAGUCUGAGUAGUCGAGUGCCUUGGCGCUCCUCGGUGUCGGGAUCAAACUCUCCGGUGGAGAACCCCAAUCCAUGUCCUGAAACCGAACCAUCUCUCUCCCGCUACACCUCCGCGCCCACCCCGAGCUACGGCAUCGGUGAACUCAACGGCCACGCCUCAUCUGCAGAGUCCGCCACCUCGACCCCUUUGAACGAGGUCGCCGAGACACCUGAUGAAAUGGCGCGGCUGAGGAGCGCAUCGGCUGCCCAGCGCCCCCCGCCUCGCACACUCGAACGGACAGCGACCAAUUCUCAAGAACCAGCUCCGUCCCCUGAGCCGAUCGUAGCCUCCAACCAUGUGGCAGAAGCUGCCCCCGUCGAGUCGAAUACUCCGCCAAGGGCAGAAACAAAGGCGACUAUUCGUUUCUUUCCGUACACCGACGCCUCUCAAAGCUCCAGGCCGUCUCUGCCUUUCGUUCCCGUCACUCGAACCCUUCCAUCCGAAAGCUGUGUAAUUCGCGUUGGCCGAUACUCUGAACGCGACGGUGUUCCGAUUCCCAACCCAACGGAACCCACAGAUACCCCUGUGGGCUUCAAGUCCAAGGUGGUGAGUCGGAAACAUUGCGAGUUCUUGUAUGUGAAUGGCCAGUGGCAUAUCAAGGAUGUGGGAAGCUCAUCGGGGACCUUUUUGAACCAUAUGCGCCUAAGUCAGCCGAAUAUGGUGUCCCGUCUAUACUCCAUCAAGGAUGGCGAUAUCGUGCAGUUGGGUAUCGAUUUCCGCGGGGGAGAAGAGAUGAUAUUCCGAUGCGUUCGAAUUCGUAUUGAAUGCAAUCGUUCAUGGCAGCAGAAGCCUAAUGAAUUCAACAAAAACACCGAGAGUUUAAUCAAAAAUCUUGGAAAGGGAGAGACUGCUGACUAUUCGGGCUGCCGCGAAUGCUCGAUUUGCCUUGGCUCCGUCCUGCGCCCCUACCAGUGCUUGUUCAUGGCAGCAUGUGCGCACGUCUGGCACUAUAAAUGCAUCAGUCGCUUACUCCACUCUCCCGAUUACCCUAUGUUCCAAUGCCCAAACUGUCGCGCGUUCACCGACCUCAGCGCCGACGUUGACGACACCAACGAAAUCGACGAUACGCCAGCAAACGAUGAGAACGAUCAUGCUUCAAAUUCUUCCAGAGAGCCUGAUACAGAUGCACCUUCGGCCACCGGGACGAACAGCACAGAGGAGCCGCAGGAGCACCUGCAGGAGCUCCCCGAGGAAGCGAUGCUGGCCAACAACGUUGAAAAUCUGCAUUUAGAAGAGUUGGAUCAGCAGAUGGAAAGCGCCUUUCGCACAACCUCUCCCGUUUUAGACUCGUCCAACACCAGUCUCGCCCGCAGCGCCACUAUAAGUGUACCAGGUUGGCAACCUUCGUUGCCACUCAGCGUGCCUGCAGGCCGCCAACCCCAGCUGCGAUCCGACACCCCUACAUCCGAUGAUAAUCCGUUGACGCCACGGAAUGACUCUGGCCCACUGGCCUUUGAUGGCCGAGCAGGCAUGCCGUAG